GUCAUCGACUUGGUAGUAUACGCGAAGAAGAGCUAGAAAAAAAAAUACACGAUGCUAUUAAAUCCAAAGCUGAAAUUAACAAGCUUAGCAAAAAAUUACAGGAUAAAUAUAUAAAACAAAUGAAGGCUUUUGAUCGGGAAAGAAAGAGGUGA